GAAUUGUUGCUGAUUCACUGGACAUACAAAAAGACAAUUUCAGUUAUUUGCAGAUGUCAAUGGUGGCUGAACAGUUAUGACAAAGAAGACGGUACAACUCUGUUGCCAUCUGCCAAGAUAGUUGGAUAAUGUUGUGCUGAUGUUUUGAUGACCAGGUUAGUCUGUAAAUAAUUCAGCCAGAUUACAAGCGGAGUAGGACUUUGGUCUGAAUGCUAGUGAACAUUUCCUGACCGUGAGUCUUUGUAGGGAACAGCGCUUUAAUCUGCUUUGUUAUAAAAUGGACAUUGGAUCAACUGGAAAUACGCUCCUCCAUGUCGAUAUCCUGGUUGAAGAGCCUGAACCUUGGACAGGAAUCUUGGGCCUUCUCAAGAUACUCCGUCCUCAGUGGAAGGCAGAAGACAUUCAGAUGAAGACAUUCACUGAAGGUCUAACCAAUCAGUUGAUCGGCUGCUACGUGGGAUCCUUUCAGGAGCCUGGCUGUGUUCUGGUCCGACUGUAUGGCAGAAUGACGGAGCUCUAUGUGAACAGGGACCGGGAGGUGGAGAUGUUCCAGGUCUUCCACACCCAUGGUUGUGGUCCAGAGAUCUACUGCACCUUCCAAAAUGGCAUGUGCUAUGAGUUUGUUACAGGAACAGUGCUGGAGGAUGAGAUGCUCUGGCAACCCUCUAUUUACAGAUUGAUCGCAGCAGAGAUGGGGAGAAUCCACGCCAUCCAGCCAAAAUGUGACGCGUCUGUUGAACCUCUACUCUGGACAAAAAUGUCCCACUUUCUCACAAUGUUGAAGAGCAGCACCAACAACAGACCAAUUCAGCAACGCUGCACCAAAUGUUCUGUGGCUUCGCGAGAGGUGCCCAGCUAUGAGACUCUGUCAGCGGAGAUGGCGUCUUUGAAAAGACACCUCUUGCAGAUUGGCUCGCCGACUGUCCUCUGCCACAAUGAUCUCCUGACAAAAAACAUAAUAUACAACCACAAAGAGGAAAAGGUGAAAUUCAUUGACUACGAGUAUGCCGAUUACAACUACCAGGCCUUCGAUAUUGGCAAUCACUUCAACGAAUUUGCUGGAACAAAGGUUAACUAUAGGUUUUAUCCAACCCGGGAGCUGCAGAGAGACUGGCUGUUGGCCUAUCUGGAGAGUUACAAGCACAGCACUGGGCGUGAGGUCACAGUCACAGAGGCAGAAGUCACACAGCUCUAUGUUCAGGCCUGCAAAUACUCAUUGGCAUCCAACUUAUUCUGGGGGAUCUGGGCCAUCCUGCAAUCACACUAUUCCUCCAUUGACUUUGACUUCCAAAGAUAUGCCAUGGCGAGACUGAGCUUCUACUAUGAGAAGAAAGAGGAAUAUUUUGCAUUGACAAUGAACAACAUAUAGAGCAUUACCUGCUCUAUCGUGAGCUUUCAGUGACUUUGUCCUGCUUUAAAGGGCAGAGAAUAAACUUAUAAAUGUGUUCCCCAUUGUUUGUUGUUUCAGGCUGUAGCGUGAGUUAAUAUGUUUUGCUAUCAUCGUAAUUUUUAAAAUAUUUCUUUCACCACAGUCAGUAUGCCAAUAAGCCUAUUUGGCUAAUUGAGACGAGGCUUAUGCCAGAAACACAUUAAUUGUUCCCACAUUUGGCCGGGUCACAUAAAGCCACACAAACUGAAAGUGGGUUAUUUGCAGCCUUACAACAGUUCUGAAAGAAAACAAGUUUUCACUUUCUUUCACUGCUCUAAGUAGACUGCAUUCUUUUAGCGUUUGCCUGUAAUUUACAUUCAAAAAUGUUUCCAUGUAAAUGUGUGAUGAGAGAUCUUGAUUUUUUAAAAACACAAUCGGAGGUUAAUGUAUAAUGCUCUUGUCACACGUUUGUAUUUGUCGGCAUGUAAAUCCCCGAGUGACAGCUAUUUGAGCAGAUUAUACAAAAAUUUAAACAUUAACAAGAGCAUCCCAUUUAAAAUGCUGUUACAAAACAGUCUUAUGACAUCACUGUUACUGUGUAGGAGGACGUUUGCAUCCAUCCAUCAUCAAUACAGCCUCUCCUUUGACAGUGGGGAAGAGGCAUCCCUACAGGCCGUUUAAAUGAUCCAACAAUCCUGACCAUUAUCUGCAUCUCACACAGACACAGAGAGAGCAUGCAAACUUCAAACCAAGAAAAAUCUCACUGUAUUUGUGACACUGCUCAUUAUGUUUCACAGACUUUUUUCCAUUGCAGACAUUUCAGCUUCUCUUAUAGCAGGAAGAGUAAAGGUGCCCAUAACAUUAGUGAUGGCUCUAAUCCUUUUCGACAUGUUUAAGUUUGUUAAAAACCAGCACGCAUGCCUUAGCCCACAAGUGAAAUACAUGUACACAGUAGCCACAAUGAAUCCAGUAAAGCAGCACUUGUACGACAUGUCUGUCAUGACAAAGGUUUAUACUGCCCGGCGUUAAUGUAACACCACCAUUCCAGCUCCCACUUCCAUCCUUUGGUGUGUUUCAGGUUUAAGAUCUGACCUGCUCAUUUUAACGUGGAGCCCAUAAAGAGACAAAUAUGCAGACCAGAUGAUGCCAGUAUGCUGUGAACAUCAUGUGUUGUAAAUGCAUACAAUGCUGCAUGUACUACUACAAUGCUUAUAUUAGUGAUUUAUCUUGUGAAAUAAAACGCUGUAAAAGAAA